AUGGUGUCUUCUACUUCUCUGCUUCCUCCGGCCAAUUUGCUCACCAACUGGGCUCUAUUUCGUUCUCAGCCGGGUCUUUCCUCGAGAGAUUCCUCGUGGCAGUGUCUCUGUUUCCGCAAUCAGAAACGCAAACCUAAGCUCUACUUGAUUCCCGCCCGCCAUUUUUAUACAAGUUCCUCCUCAGAAACUGCUCCGAUGAGGCUGAAGACUCUUGCUACUUCCGGCGUUUCCGAAAUUCAAAGGUCUACUCAAAGCAACAGUGUAAAUGGGAUGAAGGAAUUUGAGAUGGAGUUGCAAGAGCUGUUCAAUGAAGUCAAAUCCAUGGUUAAAACCGGGAAAGAAAGAGACGCAAUGGAGCUUCUUCGAGCUAAUUACGUCGCUGUGAAAGAAGAGAUUGAUUCGGGUUUGCAAGGUAUCGAACAAGCUGCUCUUCUUGACAUCAUUGCAUUGGGUUAUAUGGCUCUUGGAGACUUGAAACCCCUCCCUGCAUUGCUUCAUAUGAUUAACAAGAUUGUUGAUAAGUUAAAGGACUCGGAACCUCUUUUGGAUUCAGUACUGAUGCAUGUUGGAAGUAUGUAUUCUUCACUAGGCAUGUUUGAAAACGCUCUACUUACUCAUCAGAGAGCUGUUAGUAUAUUAGAGAACAGAUACGGUGAAUGUGAUACUCUACUUGUCACACCAUUACUUGCGUUGGCUAAGAGUUUUGGUUCACAUGGGAAAGCCACUAAAGCUAUCGGCGUUUACGAGCGUGCGGUGUCUAUCUUGGAACAGAACAGAGGCUGUGAAAGUGAGGAUCUAGUGGUGCCGUUGUUUGCACUCGGUAAACUUCUGCUCAGAGAAGGUAAAGCUGACGAGGCAGAGAUUCCUUUUACCAGGAUUUUAAACAUAUACAAGAAGGCAUACGGAGAGAAAGAUGGAAGAGUUGGUAUGGCUAUGUGUUCACUUGCUAAUGCAAAGUGCACAAAAGGCGAUGCAGAUGGAGCAGUAGAUCUCUACAAGAAGGCUCUACGAAUCAUCAAAGAUUCAAAUUACAUGGCCAUAGACGAUGCUAUCUUGGAAAACAUGAGGAUUGAUCUUGCGGAGCUGCUUCAUUUUGUUGGAAGGGGAAGCGAAGGACGAGAGCUACUAGAAGAAUGCUUAUUAAUAAACGAGAGAUACAGAGGGAAAAACCAUCCAAGCAUGGCUACACAUCUUGUAAACCUUGCAGCAUCUUAUUCACGCUCCAAGAAUCAUGUGGAGGCCGAGCGGUUGUUGAGAACUUGUUUGAACAUCAUGGAGAAGUCCGUUGGCUCAGAGGAUCAGUCCAUUACUUUCCCAAUGCUGAAUCUUGCAGUCACUCUUUCUCAACUGAACCGUGAUGAGGAAGCCGAGGAAGUAGCCUUGAAGGUUUUACGAAUCCGUGAGAAGGCAUUUGGGAAAGAAUCUCUCCCUGUUGGUGAGGCAUUGGACUGUCUGGUAUCGAUUCAGGCGAGAUUAGGAAGAGAGGAUGGAGAAGUACUCGGUUUGCUGAAAAGGGUGUUGAUGAUCCAAGAGAGAGAGUUUGGUUCUACAGCUGAAGAACUCAUUAUUACUCUCCAGAAGAUUUUGCAUUUUUUGGAGAAACUGGAGAUGAAAGAUGACAAGUUUAAGUUUAGGAGAAGGCUAGCUUUGCUUAGAGAGAGAUACAAGCAGAGUCUUUAG